UGAAAGAAAGUAAAUAGAAAAUGAUUUUUUUGGUAUUUUUUAAAUCAGAAAGCAAAUCAAACCUUCUCGGCUUCUCAAUUAUUUAUUUUUUUUAACAAUCAAAUUGUGAUAAUAUUUUGAUAAUCAAUUAAUUGGCUAAUUUAAUCGACCAUUAAGGCACAAGAAUGUUGUAUCUUGAAGAUUAUCUUGAAGUGGUUGAACAUCUUCCCAUUGAACUUAAGAAACGAUUCACCGAAAUGAGAGAAAUGGAUCUAAAUGUUCAUAACGAAAUGGAAGCCAUCGAAGAGAAAGUUAAAGACUUUUUCAGUAAUGCCAAGAAAAUGAAAACAGAUCAAAGAGAUAUCGAAUUCAAUAAACUCAAACAGGAAUAUGAAAAAACCGCUGAAGAAGCAGAAGAAAAAGUUGAACUUGCUAAUCAGAUUUACGAUCUCGUGGAAAAAUAUUUAAAAAGAUUAGACUCCGAACUACAAAAGUUUAAGAUGGAAUUGGAAGCAGAUAAUUCUGGAAUAACGGAAAUCCUCGAGAGAAGAUCUCUUGAGUUGGAUAAUCCACCAAAUUCAAAUGUAAAUAAUGUUAGAGAAAAAAGGAAACAUUCACAUAAUGACUCCGUUCAAGGAGUUCCAAAUUCAGCACGAAGCGGUGAUACAUCUUGUUCUGGUUCUAAUCACGGGGUUCCAAAUAAUCUUAACAAUUGGGCAAAUCAAGCAACUUUUGCAAACUCAUUAUCAAAUUUGGUCAAUAAUUCCAAUACGGUUCCUAAUGGUAAUCCAUUAUUGGCCAAUAGUUUAACAUCACCUCAUUCACCCUCAUUUUAUAAUUUAGGUGCUGGUAGUACGGCUAUUGCUGCUGCGGCCUCACAAGCCAUCGCGGCCACGCAGCAGAUGCAACAAGGAAGACGAACUGCCAGUCUUAAAGCGAGCUACGAAGCGAUUAACGCCGUUGGCUUACAAAAUAUUAGUUGUGAUUUUAAUUCUAUACGGGAAGGAUCAAUACCGUCUUUCAAUCCACAAGGAACCGGUCCAUUUGCCGCUGCAGCGGCAGCAGCGGUCGCGGCUGCAGGCGGAGGUGUUCCAGUGACUGUACCAGGUAAUUUAUUACCUACGGGUAGUGUAGGAGAGGGAUCUUCAACAGGAAUGUUCAAAGUAACCAAACGAAGUCGUACCUCUAGUCAAUAUCAAGAUACAGAUGAAUCAUCAGAGACGAUGACUGUUGAUGAAAGGGGAAGCACCGAAAAUUGGACCUGUGAUCCCGAUGAACCUCGUUAUUGUCUUUGUAAUCAAAUUUCUUAUGGUUCAAUGGUUGCCUGUGAUAAUGAAGAGUGUCAAUUUGAAUGGUUCCAUUAUGGUUGUGUUGGUAUAACUCAACCUCCAAAAGGAAAAUGGUUCUGUCCACCUUGUACAGUUCAAAUGAAAAGGAAAGCCAGAAAAGAGAAGACUCAGUCCACGUCGUUUUCAUCCACUUCUCCUGUUGAUACACAAACAAAUUAAACAAAACUCAUUAAUCAACUACGUCAACUCUGUGUGUGUAUAUGUGUAUGUGUGCGUGUGUGUUUAUGUUCAGAUCACUAAGG